AUGAGCAGCUAUCAGCGUGCAGCAGUUAAAAGAAUAGCAGCAGCAGCAUCUGCUGCAGCAGCAGCAGCAGCAGCAGCAGCAGCAGCAGCAAAGAGACGCCGCCGCACCCACAGGCGGUUGGGUGCCCUUAGGAAAGCAGCAGCAGCAGCAGCAGCAGCAGCAGCAGCAGCAGCAACACGAACAGCAACAACUGCAACAGGAGCAGCAGCAGCAGCAGCAGCAACACCAACAGCAGCAGCACUAAUAGCAGCAACAGAUAAAGCAGCAACCAUCUAUACUGCAGCGUCUUGCUGGCAGCAGCAGAAGCAGCAGCAGCAGCAGCAGCAGAAGCAGCAGCAGCAACAGCAGCAGCAGCAGCAGCAGCAGUUGCUGCUGCAGCAGGUGCAGCAGCUAUACAACUGCCUUCAAUCAGAGACUGUUUGCUGCCCGGUGCUGCAAUCUGCUGCGCUGCUGCUGCGGUCUCCUGCAGCAGCAGCAGCAGCAGCAGCAGCAGCAACAGCAGCAGCAGCAGCAGCAACACCAACAGCAACUGCAGCAGCAGCAGCAGCAGCAGAAGUAAGGGAUCUUAUUAAAGGGCUGAUAGAACUGAAGGAAGCAUUACUAACACAGAGACCAUCUGCUGCUGCUGCUGCUGCUGCUGCUGCUGCUGGUGCUGCUGCUGGUGAGCAGCGGAAUAUAUAUGCAGUUGCUGUUGCAGCAGUUGCUGCUGCUGCUGCUGCUGCUGCAGUCAAGCGCAUGCGUUUGCUGCUGCAGCAGAUUGCUGCUGCUGCAGUGCAGCGAGCAGCAAUCAAUAAAACGCGCGUUAUUGGUUCUGUGCAUCAGCAGCAAAAUCCUCGGUUGCUGCUGCUGCUGCUGCAGCAGAAGCAGCAGCAGCAGCAGCAGCAGCAGCAGCAGGAACUGCAACAGCAGCAGCAGCAGCAGCAAGAGCUGCUGCUGUCACGGGCUGAUGAACCCGUCAGGCUCUUCCUUAUCAGCAGCAGCAGCAGCAACAGCAGCAGCAGCAGCAGCAGCAGCCUCAGCAUUUGCAGUAGCAGCGACAGCAACAGCAACAGCAGCAACACUAGCAGCAUCAGCAGCAGCAGCAGCCUCAGCAUUUGCAGUAGCAGCAACAGCAACAGCAACAGCAGCAACACUAGCAGCAGCAGCAGCAGCAGCAGCCUUAGCAUUUCCAGCAGCAGCAACAGCAACAGCACCAACACUAGCAGCAGCAGCAGCAGCAGCAGCAGCCUCAGCAUUUGCAGCAGCAGCAGCAGCAGCAGCAGCAGCAGCAUCAGAGAAGAGCAUCAGCAGCAGAUCGAGUCUUUGUCUUUUAUAUCUGCUGCACUGCAGCAGCUGCUGCAGCAGCAACCACUAAUAUUUAUAAUAGGAGGCAGCAGCUGCUGGCUUUCUCGUGUUUGCUGCUGCUACCUUUCUCCUUGCUGCAGCAGCACAGGCAAAGGAGUGUAUGGGCAGCUACCUAUGCCUUUGCUGCUGCAGCUGAAGCUGCUGCUGCAGCAGCAGUUUCGUUUUAUCUUUCUUUUGGGUUUUCCUACUACUCAAUCACCAACCCCUUAUUUAUAUUCUUUGCUGCUGCAGCAGCAGCAGCAGCAACUGCAGCAGCAACUGCUGCAGCUCCAGCAGCAACAGCAACUGCAGCAGGAGCAAGUGCAGCAGCAGCAACUGCAGCAGGAGCAGCAGCAGCAACAACUGCAGCAGCAGGAGCAGCAGCUGCAGCAGGAGCAAGUGCAGCAGGAGAAGCUGCAGCAGCAGCAGCAGCAACAACAACAGCAACAAAACCAGCAGGAGCAGCAGGUGCAACAGCAGCAGCAGCAGAUGCAACUGCAGCAGCAGCAGCAGCAGCAACUGCAGCAGCAACUGCAGCAACUGCAGCAGCAGCAGCAGCAAUAUAAGCAUGUUUAUACAGGCUUCUUCCCCCCCUUAGAUGAGCAAGAAAAAUAUCUGGAGCUGCAGCAGCAACUGCAGCAACAACAGCAGCAGCAGCAGCAUACUCAGCAGCAGCAGGAUGAGCAGCAAGACGAUCAGCAGCAGCAGCAGCAGCACAACAACCACCAGCAUCAUCAUCAUCACCAUCUACAGCUACAGCAGCAGCAGCAGCAGCAGCAGGAACUGCAGCUGCAGCAGCAGCAACUGCAGCAGCAGCUGCAUGCGCUUGAAUGUCUGCUGCAUAUUGCUGCUGGGGGCGGGAGGAACAGCCAGAGCAGCACUUGCUGCUAUCCAGCAGUGGUGCAGCAGCAGCAGCAGCAGCAGCAGCAGCAGCAGCAGCAGCAGCAGCAGCAGCAGCAGCAGCAGCAGGAGGAACAGCAGCAGCAGGAGGAGGAGCAGCAGCAGCAGGAGGAACAGCAGCAGCGCGAGAAACAGCAGCAGCAGCAGCAGCAGCAGCAGCAACAGCUGCUGCAGCAGCCCUUCCAUCACCAGCAGCACCAGCAGCAGCAACAGCAACAGCAGCAGCAGCAGCAGCAGCAGCAGCAAGUGCUGCUGCAGCAGCAACAAAGUUAG